AUGCCUUUUGGGGUUAGUGAUGAAGAUAUCCGUACCAACUUUCGUGCACAACGGUAUUGGUAUCUGGAGAACGGAUACAGGGCGACUGUGGAAUGCAUCUACAACAAAAGUACAGCGUACUACAUCGAACCAGGCGGUCAAGAGCGGGUGUGGGAGGCAAAAAGCUUGCUUCCGAACAGUCUUUCCUCCGAGUUUGCCUCAUACUUCGGGUGGAGUGGUGACACCAUUGUGGCUAUCGCGGCAGCAAGCUCCACCAAAGUUUCCCGGCGCAUCUUGGGCAUUGCAGCUGGUACCACGUACGCAAAUCUCAACCGGACGCAGUGCGAAACUUUCUACACGCCGACGAUGUUCAAUGUCUCUGUCGAGCUCGGCGGCAAGAACACCACCGUGGCUCCGGUUACCGGCAACGACACUGUCCAGGACAUCGAACCUAGUGGUAACUCGACUUUCCUUGUUAAUUGGCAAGUUCAAUUGAUCGCGAGCGAUCAAACAAGCUUUUACUCAUCACCGGUGGGGAAUUCCUUCAAUACCAGCAUCAGAAACUAUAUGUCUUCUCAGUUGUUGCUUUACAACUCCACACCAUCCGCCGAGAACGCCAGCCUUCGUGGGCUUGAGAACUCGAUCACAGCUAUGGUGGAUAGCAUGUUGACAGUGUAUGCGGGCCCUCAAGCCAUGUAG